AUGAGCAGCUCUGACGUCCACUCGGAGGACGAUGAUGAACUAUCGGAUACUCCUUUUAUUAAACCAAGAGUAGCGCGAGGACCACGCGCUAGGGUACUGAAUAAGCUACGCGCAUCGCUGUCGGAAAACUCGAUUGAGUCGUACAAGAAGCUUCUCGACCGGACAUUCGAAGAGAAUCCCAUCGCCAAAGAAGAUAACUUCAAUACAACGCAAGAUGGUAUCGUGGUAUGGACACCACAGGAGAAACGGGCUUUUUUUGAGGUUUUGGAUCGAAAAGGGCGCGGUGGCAUUAGGGAAAUUGCCACUGCGAUUCAGUCGAAAUCAGAGCUUGAAAUUCUGGAGUAUAUAAGGCUCCUACAAAAGGGUGUGCGGCGACAGCAUUUCAACGAUACCCAUGCCAGGACAGCUAUCUUGGGUGAUAUCCCAGCCGCAGCGGAGAUAAGCAAAGAAUGCUGUGAUGCACUAGACAAUUAUGCCGAAUUGCUCUGCUUGGAAGAACAGAGGGAUGAAGACAGGACCGGUAGAGCCAAGCACGGUGGUCUGUGGAUUAUUGAUGAGGAGUUGGCAGGUAAACUGGAGACGGCGAUCGCGGAAGAGCAAAAGGAUCCAUCGAACCCUAGUCUUGAAAUCGCAGUCCAUGCAAACGAGGCGCAUCUUGAAAAAGGCCUGUCUACACCAGAUGUUAAUGAUGCAGCUACAUUUUUCAAACUGACUAACUGGAUCCUGCUCUCAGAACGACUUUUCAUGAAUUUUGGAGGUCAUAGAUUGGAAGACAAUUGGGUCAAUGUAGCCUUCGAAGGCGAGACACCGGCAAUGACGGCUGAUGUUGUGUCUGAUUUCUAUAAAAUCGCCCUGACUGUAACUCGCCGCCUAGUCCACGCAACGCAUUUCUUUGCUUCAUCAAGAGUCCGAAGAAACGGGAAGGCAAGCCGUCCUUCUGCAACGGUUAUCAAGGCCUCCGAUGUCAGAAGGGCAGCACGCACUUUCGACAUGAGGACCAAUGCCUCUGAGUAUUGGAUCGGAGUAGCGCGACGGUGCAGCCUUGAAGUGGAAGACAGUCGACACAGGAAGAGUUGGAACCCCAUUCCUUUAGAUUACGAUGAAGUUGAGACCCUUCUGUCUCAAACGUUGUUACCUUCUGAGCCAUAUGAAAGGAUCACGCCAAGCCCAAGUUCUCGUGAGCGCUCCAAAAGUAUCAUCAGUGACGUCUCUCUGGAUUCGCUCGCCGCGGAGUCAAAUGAUUCUGAAGAUGAGCACGCCGAAGCACUCGACCAUCAACAUAGCUCAGCUGAAGAACUUUCAUGCUGGACCGCUCUGGGUCGAACGCCUCGAGACUCGCCAAAUCCCCAACUGCUGAACGCCGAAAUUCGAAUUCCUCCCAAACCACCUGGAAAACGCAAAACAACAGAGGAACUCGUCGACUGGCGUGACCGAACGCUCUAUCGUAGCGAAUGGGAAGAAUAUGGCUACGAGACGGAGAAGCUGGACGGCGAGUUCGCAAGCCAGCGCAAGAAACGCCUGACCAUGGCCUCAUUCCGCCCGCUUUCUGGGAUCAACAUUCAGGUUGCCAAUGAGACUUCAAAGCUGGACUCAGACAGCCGUGAGCACAUGAGGGUUGAAGCGGAGACUGAAGCGGAAUUCGACUAUCAAACUGAUAACUCGGAUCCUGAAUUUCGCCUCAGGUCUCCGGAUCGACUGUCGAGGUCGAAGUCGCAGCCGAAGCCGAUUGUGUCAAGGACAAGCUCUCGCAAACGCACGCCUGUUUCGUAUGCCCCGCCGCAGGGUUUUGAGUUUGAUGUGGAGAUGGAAGUUGACUCGGAGACUUGCAAUGGCGAUGCAGAUGAAGAAUUGCGUGAAACGAAUGACGACCAGGGCGGCGAUUACGUCUCCCUGUCGGAAAAAGACUUCAAUGGCGAACAUGGCGAAGAUAAAGACGAAAAAGACGCCAGCGUGUCUUCCGUCUCUGAUGAUCAUUAUCACCCAUCCAGCCCUCGAGAUGAGAGUAUUUCUGUAUGGGACGAGGGACAUAACGAGGGUGAUGAUAAUGAUAAUGCCGAAAAAGGCAAUUUUCUUUCUGGCCAUUAA